UGAAAAACAACAUUAAAUUUUCUGCGGCUGCUUGUUUGCCAGUUUUCAUCAUUUUAAAUGGCUGAAAACAUAUUUUUGUUUGUCCCAAAUCUCAUCGGGUAUGCCCGUAUCAUUCUUGCACUGAUUGCAUUCUAUUACAUGCGAACUGAUUAUGUAACUGCAACCUGGUGUUAUCUACUGAGUGGUCUACUGGAUGCGUUCGAUGGCCACGCUGCCAGGAUGCUCAAUCAAGGAACCAAGUUUGGUGCCAUGCUGGACCAAUUAACAGACCGCUGUGCAACCAUGUGUCUUCUAGUUACUCUUUCAGUCUUGUACCCUGACUACAUGUUCUGGUUCCAGCUGAGUAUGAUCAUUGAUGUUGCUAGCCACUGGUUACAUCUUCACAGCUCUAGCAUGAAAGGAAUAGCCAACCAUAAGAUGAUUGACAUGUCUGGAAACCCCAUCCUGCGUAUCUACUACACCUCCAGGCCCGUGCUGUUUGCCAUGUGUGCUGGUAAUGAGUUAUUCUACAGCAUGAUGUACUUGCUCUACUUCACUGAAGGACCACUGGUUCCCAUCGUGUCCUUCAGCAUCUUCCGCCUGAUCCUCAUCUUAUCUGCCCCAAUCUCCCUGGCUAAGACGGCCAUUAGCCUCCUCCAUCUCAUCACUGCCUCCCAGAACAUGGCUAUCAUUGACGUCGCUGAAAGGGAGCAGAGGGCUGCAGAGAAGAAGGAAUGAGAAAAGGUGAAAGGUCACCAGGUCAAAGUUCAGUUAAACCCAGUUAACUGAAAUUGUAUGUAUACCAAAUGGUUUUGUCCGAGUUCAAUAUUAAGGCCGUGUCCGAAACGGUGACUUCGGCCACAGCUACGACUAGAUCGUGCGCUUCUGCCUUCUUCAACACUGGCAGACGCGCUGAUCUAGCCGUAGCUGUAGCCGAAGCUGCUGUUUCGGACACGGCCACAACCACCUGGUUUUAACUGUGUUUAACUAGUUUAUCAACUGGUUUUCAACUGGUUCCAGUCAAAACCAUAUUAACUAGGUUCAACUGGAAUUUUGACCUGGGCAUGCAGAGAUCCACACCCUUAUCUAGGGACCAAUCAGUACCAACGUAUAGGCGGAGCCAAGAUCGACACACCUAUGAAAUCGGUAAAUUUUCAACCUUAAAUAGCUGUCUUUAUGAUUAUGCAUAGACAAAAUUGAAUAUUUUUGUGUGGAAUUUAUGUGCAGAGCUUAACAUGGUAUUAAAAAUAAUCAAUGAAAAUUCACCUGCACUUUUAUGUAAUAUUUCACUGUAGAAUGGAUGCUGUAUAUAAGAUCGAAUGUCGUAGAACAACUUAGCAGAACAAGAUAUAGGUUGUAAAGCACUUGUUAAAACAGAAACAGUCUCAGUGCUUAGUUUUUUAAAGGGCAAGGGCACCAAGGCAUUUUCUCCUUGGUAAAAAGGCAUCCUAUGAUGAAAUUUUAAAUUUC